UGGCUCUAUAAAAGGGCAUCACACCCAAAAGAGAGCCAAGCACCACAAAAAUUACACCACAGUACUACUCUUUAAACUGAAGUUCUCCAAGUCUCGUAAUGGCAGAAGAAGUGUUGUUGUUUGGUGUGUGGGCAAGCCCCUAUAGUCGCAGAGUAGAGUUGGCUCUGAAACUCAAAGGUGUUGACUACAAAUACAUAGAGGAAGAUUUGACCAACAAGAGUCCUUUGCUUCUCAAAUACAAUCCCAUUCACAAGAAGAUUCCGGUUCUUGUACACAACGGAAAGCCUAUCGUGGAGUCCCAAGUUAUUCAAUAUAUUGACGAGAUAUGGCAAGGCUAUCCCAUAUUGCCCAAAGAUCCGUAUGAGAGAGCCAUUGCACGUUUCUGGGCCAAGUUCAUAGACGACAAGUGCUUGCCGGGGGCAUUUAAAGCUUACUUGGGUGAAGAGAAAGAGCGUGAGAAGGCUGUGGAAGAAACGUGGGAGGCUCUUAAGAUUUUAGAGGAAGAGUUAAAGGAAAAGAGGUUCUUUGGAGGAGAAAGUAUAGGAAUGGUAGACAUUGUCGCUAACGCCAUUGCCUUUUGGCUUGGAGUUUUUGAAGAAGCUUCGGGAGUUAAGUUGUUGACAAGAGAGAAAUUUCCCAAACUUACCAACUGGAGUCAUGAGUUCGUGAGCAGCAUUGUUGUCAAGGAAUGUCUGCCUCCAAGAGAAAAACUAAUUGCCUAUUUUCGAAAUCGCUUUGGGGGCGCCAAUGCUUCGAAAUAGACGAAUUUACUAUCAACACUCACAGUAAAGUGAAAAUCGCUCACAUAAUAAUCCACCAUUGUAAUAAGUGGGCUUCUACCGUGUGCUUGUAAUUUCAUCUUAUUUUCUGUCAUUGUGUCAUGAAUCUGUUUUUCUUUUCUUUUUGUUUAGUAAUUUUCAGGCUUUUAAAGUUUAUGUGUGUAAUGACCUAUCUUGUAAUUCCAUGGUUUCUCAUUUCUUUUA